UAAUGUAACGCAGGCAGCCCUAGCAGCUUGGCAGUCCUACAGCCCCGAGUUUGCUAGUGCGUGCAGAAGUCGCCUAUGUUUACUGAGCUUAAAAAUAUGUAUGGUAGAAAGUAAUAACGUGGCCAGAUUUCAAAAGACUAUUUGGAAGCAUCUUUUAUGCUUCUGUAGGUACGCUGGGUAUGCUUGCAAAGUCGCUUUGCAGAAUUUCUUUGUAGUAUGUGGAUUCUUUUGUGAAUGUGGUCUGGAUCUGUUAAUAGCUAAUGACUGCUUUCAGUAAUUAAAAUAACAGUCUUGUUUGCAUUUUGAUAGCUUGAGUAUAUGUAGACUAUAGCGAACUAUAUUUGCAAGGAUUUUUUACUGACGUACAGAGAGUUGCAAUAUGUAAUUUUUUUAUUGAAAUUGUAACGUAAGAAUAAUUCCCUUUAAGUGACUGAUUCUUAGUGGAAUUAGCUAAUCUAACGAAAUGGACGAAGAACCCGAAAGAGCAAAACGUUGGGAAGGUGGCUAUGAGCGGACAUGGGAGGUGCUCAAGGAGGAUGAGACUGGAUCACUUAAGGCUACAGUGGAGGACAUCGUUUUCAAGGCCAAAAGGAAGAGAGUUUUUCAGAGCUAUGGACAAGUGCGACUGGGGAUGAUGCGCCACAUGUUUGUGGUGAUUGAUACUUCAAGGACGAUGGAGGACCAGGACCUCAAGCCCAGCAGACUAACCUCAACUCUAAAGCUGAUGGAAUACUUUGUUGAUGAAUACUUUGAUCAGAAUCCCAUCAGUCAGAUAGGGAUCAUCACUACCAGGAACAAGAGGGCUGAGAAACUGACAGAUCUGGCUGGUAACCCGAAGAAGCACAUUUCUGCCUUAAAAAAAGCCGUGGACACCCCUUGCGCUGGGGAACCUUCCCUCUACAACUCCCUGAACCUGGCCAUGCAGACGCUCAAACACAUGCCCGGUCACACAAGUAGGGAAGUGCUUGUAAUUUUCAGCAGUCUCACCACCUGCGAUCCAGCCAACAUCUAUGAGUUGAUCAAGACACUAAAGGGGCUGAAGGUUCGGGUGUCUGUGAUCGGGCUGUCAGCAGAGGUGCGGGUCUGCACUAUCCUGACACGGGAGACAGGAGGAACUUACCAUGUGAUUCUGGAUGAGAGUCACUUCCGUGAGCUUCUGACGUUCCACGUCAAGCCACCACCUGCCAGCUCCUCCUCUGAGUGCUCUCUUAUUCGCAUGGGAUUCCCCCAACAUACCAUAGCUUCUGUGUCUGAUCAGGAUUCCAAACCUUCCUUUAGUAUGUCGCACCUUGAUGGCAACAGUGGUCCUGGCUUGACCCUGGGGGGAUACUACUGCCCUCAGUGCCGUGCAAAGUACACGGAGUUGCCUGUGGAGUGCAAGGUCUGCGGUCUGACUUUGGUUUCAGCCCCUCACCUGGCCAGAUCAUUUCAUCACCUCUUCCCAAUGGAUGCAUUUCAAGAGAUGCCCCUGGAGGAUGUCCAAGGGGAAAGGUUCUGUCAAGCAUGCCAAGGGGAACUGAAGGACAAAAGUGUGUAUACAUGUCCGGCUUGCAGCAGUGCGUUCUGUGUGGAGUGUGACCUGUUUGUCCACGACACUCUGCAUUGCUGCCCCUGCUGUAUACAUAACCAGAGUGCACCAUGAGCCCAGGAAGGCAGAAAAGCAGAAGCAUUUAUCUAAAACCACGGAAGCAAAAACCUGAGUCGGGCUGCGGCGUCAUUCCUGUGUACCUCAGUCAGCGGACCAACGGCAUUGAAUUUUCCCCCCAAAACAACCUUGUUCAUUUAUUUUUCUUUUCUUUUAACUGAUUACCUAUAUGGUUUUUUUCUUUUUCAGCAUAUGCUGUCAUGGAAUAUUACUGAUGCUACAAAAUGAAAACAUCUCGACUCGGGUCAUUUUUUUCUUUUUUCUCUCUUUUUACUGGUCCUUCCUAAAAUGGCUUCAUAUUUACUGUAUAAAUACUGCCUCCACUUGUGGAAAAAGUCAUACUGCCAGUGAUCAUUGAUUUAUAUGUAUACACCUUUUGUUAAAAACAAAUGAAACUGUCGUUGAGACUUGCAAGGUGUAAAAAUUAACAUAUUUCUAUGAAUAAAAUGUUGAUUGAACAUUC